AUGCCUCUCUACGAGAUAUCUCACGCCACCCCUCUAAGCCAAAGCCAGAGGGAUGAGCUCGCUGAAUCAAUCACCGCCAUACACAGCAAAAAGUUCACCGUCCCUAGGAUGUUCAUCAACGUCAUAUUCACAGACUCAUCAAACACCCCAACCUACGUCGGAGGGAAACAGCGCCAGUCGAAUCGCAUCGUCGGGCGCGUUCGGCGAGGAUCUUCCCGGACGCAGCAAGACUUCAAUUCUCUAUGCCACGAGAUUCGAGCCGCGUGGGCCCGGAUCGUGCAUCCAGAGACUGCAGCCGGGGAAGGCCAGCUGCCGCCUCAGGACCUCGAGUUGAGGGCGGUAUUCAUCACGGGAGAGCUAAUAGCUGGUUUAAAAGCCAGCUUUCCGGUGCCUAUAGCUGGGGAUGAGCUUCAGUGGGCGCAGGAGAACCACGCAGCCUUCAAGGAGAGGGCGGAGGCGGGGGAUGAGGAUUUCGCGGAUCUCGUUGCUGAGAUUCAAACCUGGCCUGAAUUUGAUUCUUGA